AUGGAAGCGAGGGCGAUAGAGGUGUUCGGUGGGAUACAGUUGGAAGGAGGGCAGGGUGUGGUGCGUUCACCCUCACCUCUUCAACCUCUCUUCCUCUUCAUUAUUGUGCUCUGUCAAGCUUGUACCAGUCUACCCAUCUCUGGAGCCAGAGUGAGCCGCCCGGCUGAAGGAUUCCUCGGCUUUGUAAGUCAGACUGAAAGUCUAAUUGCAAUGGAGUGCUUCAACAGCCUACUCCUCAAACUGCAGGAAGUCCACGAGCGAGAAGUGGAGGGUUGGCAGGGGAAAAUCCAAGAGCUCUCCAACAAGAAAGGCUGUGACACAAAGCGAAUGGAGGAUCUUUUUUCAAAAAACCAGCAGAUGAAAGAACAGCAGAGAGUGCUCACCGAGAACAUCAAGACACUAGAAAACAGGCUGAGGGCGGGGCUGUGUGACAGAUGCACAGUGACUCAGGAGGUAGCCAAGAGAAGGCAGCAGGAAUUUGAGUCUUCACAGAUACAGAGAAUCCAGCACAUCACUCUACUGGCGGGAGAGAUGAACAACCUGAAAAGGGAGAACAAACAACUUAUAGAGGAGCUUAGAAGUAUCAAAGCAGCACUCAACAAAGGUCCCAGCGAUCACUCCUCCAAUAGCAACAGCAACACCACAGGGGUCAAAACAAACCCUGACCUUUCAACUUCAUCUGCACCUGUGGCCCUCAUCACUAAGGCAACCAGCAGGGAAAGAAACCAGCCAGCAGAUGGCAGCUUUGCAAUGAAAACUGAGAUGAUCCAAAGAGCCGAAGAAAGUGAACACAGGCGAUUGAGAGAGAUGAACAAAAGCUACUCUGAGUUCUACAAGCCUCUCUCCUGGAGGACAGAACAUGGUGUAACCCAUCUUAGAGAAAAAAGUAGAGAAGUCAACCCCACCAGACAUGUGCUCCAUGCUCCAGUCCCCUGCCGUCCUAAGCCCAUCAAGAGCAGCCCUGUCAGUUUCCCCUGGCCCAUAUCUGAACCCUCAGACUGGCUUACCGCAGCUUCUCCAGGGACUAGUCUUGUCCAACCUUCUCCUCAGCCAAACCUGCCACGCUUUCCCAACCUGAUUCCAACUAGUCAACAUGCCAGCCCUCUGAGGCAGGUUUUUGAGUCUCCUUGGCAAAAGAAGAGCGCCCCUCAGGCCAAUGCCAAAGAGCCCACUGUUGUGUUCAGGUUGAGAAGUGUUCCAGAGCAUGUUGAGAGUAAAACCAAGCCCCAAGAGAAAAAGGAAGUCACACCUUCCAAAACUGAGAAGUUAUCUGCAGAAGGUACAAGAGAGGCCGAUGACUGUCCUCUUGACCUAUCGGAUCGAGGAAAUUCCAAAUCCAGCCAAAUGGAAAGAGAGGAUUCCCUCUUAUCCUUACAUGCUGGAGAGAGAGUACAGACAAGCCCUGACAAGGAUGGGAUGGCCAAUCCGCCAUCACCUGCAACAGUAUCAUCACCAUCUGAAGAUCCUCCCUUGUGCUCAUCGACUCAAAGUCCACCAGUGAAACAUGAAGAGGAAGAAUCUACCACUGACCAUGAACACAAGCAGGUAGUCAAAGAGCAGAAAAAUAAAGAGGAGGUGAACGAAAAGACAGACCAAUGCAACGGGAAGAAGGUGCCCAUCCUCACUAUAUCAUUACGUCCAGUAGUGGUGCUGGAGAACCUUAAUUCCGCUCUGCAAGAAUCCUUAUCAUCAAAUGGCAAGUCAUCGUCAACACUUACUGAGCCAGGAAGAAGCUCGGAGGAGCAGGGCGAGCAAGUGAGCGCGUCGGUGCAAGAGAGGAACCACGGCGCCAAGAGAAAGAGGGCUCCUGUGGAGAUUGAAAAUCAGGACACGGAAAACGGCCAUAUCGAGUGGGAGAGGAACAUCAAGAUCACUGUGAGAAAUGAGGAGAAGAGCACUUGUUGAAGAGCAGGACGUGACAUUGACAGUGAUCUCAUGUAAACCUGCAUCGAUUGAUUUUGCCACCUGGGGGCACUGCAAUGAGCAGUACACACAUCCCUUAAAACAAAGGACUUUAAUCAAGAAGUCUUCUGUACUCCACAAUAAAGUGACUGGAAUUUGGCAUUCAAAGGUCAAGAGCACUGUUUAGCUGGUUUUGUAGGAGAUAGUGUUGCAUUCAGAAGACACACAGCAAAUUUGCAUUCACUUGGAGUUUUGUUUUUGUCCACUUGGCGUUGAAGCUUUAGCAGACUAGCGUCUUUUUUGGCCUCUGAUCCGAAAAGUGUAAUAACUCUGGAAUUACUUUCUUCAUGUAACAUUUGAAUUUAAAUUUGCUGCUGUGGAUAUUCCAAAGUAUAUUCUAUUGAUUAUUGGGAUUUUUUAGCAAAACAAAUUCGAUUUCCAUGAAGUCACAACAUCCACAAUACAAGGGUACAAAUGUGUAUAUGAGGUAAUGAUAAAGUCUCUCCCUCUGAAUCAAUUAUUUUAUUGAAAUUGUAAAUGUGCAUGUCAGCACACAUUAGCCUCCUGUUGAGCAGCCUAUGGUUGUUUGGUGGAGAACGAUGGUGCACAAAACACACAUUUUGUAACACGUAACUGCCCGUAAGGUACACUUCUAACCGACAUUACUGUCAGCGCAUGGCUAUUUUUGCCACAGAACCUCCACUUUCCUCUCCCCUCCUUAAGUGACUACCCAAGAAAGAACAUGUUCCUCUUCCUCUUUUUCAUUUUCAGAAUGCACAUAUUUUGCAAGCAUUAACUUUCCGUUCACAGCUGUGUGCGGUAACCCGGGUGCAUGGAAGCGAUAAAAAUGGCAGAUGAUUUUGUGAUUCUUUACUGUUAGGUCAACGUGUAAUUUUUGAGUAAAUGAAUAGGCAGAACCAGCAAAUAUUUUUUUCACUCAAAGGAAGAUGUGCCCUUGAUAUUAUCCUGUGUGUGAAGACCUGUACAGCUGUAAUGCUGUCAUAUUGACUUUUGAUCAUUCUACCAUGUCUAUCUAAAGCCAUUCGAGCCCAUUAAGCGCAGUAAGGGGGCAGGAGAGCCUUCCCCUGCCGUUUGUAUGUCAGUGAAUUCAAAUGAGAUGGUUGUAUUAAAGUACUAUUUGAAGUACUACUACAUCAAGCUAAACGCUGUGCCGUUGUUCGGCCUCAACAGUAAUGUUGUGACUGUUUUUACUAAUGAUACAAAAUAUAUUCAUUGAAACUUUUGUCUGAAUGCACUACUUCUAAUGCUGAAAUAAUGAAUAAA